GAAAAAAACGCCUGACAAGCCAGUCACUCACUUCCUGUUUACGUUUCCACGGAUGCGUUCAGGAACAGAAACUACAGAUAACUUGAGAAACAAUCUCUUCACUACUCCGGUGGCGGCUCGUCUCAGUUAGCCUCCGUCUUCACCACUGUACCGAGGCGACGGACAGACGGAAGGACCCGUCCUGCCCAUAGCGUAGGAGCGAAGAGAGCUAGCCGGGGCUAGCAGGUAGCUGGUAGCUAGCUAGCGACACAGCAAAAGAAACUCAGCAGCACGUCAACACUUACCUGAGCUCAACGUCUGCCAGUAUGGAGAAUAGAUAUAACCUCAAGAGUCCAGCGGUGAAGAGGCUGAUGAAGGAGGCUGCUGAACUGAGGGAUCCCACAGAGCACUACCACGCCCAGCCGCUGGAAGAUAACCUCUUCGAAUGGCACUUCUCCGUACGCGGGCCUCCAGAUUCAGAUUUUGAUGGUGGCGUUUACCACGGCAGGAUCGUGCUUCCCCCAGAGUACCCCAUGAAGCCCCCCAGCAUCAUCCUCCUCACACCAAACGGAAGAUUCGAAGUUGGUAAGAAGAUUUGCCUGAGCAUCUCUGGCCACCAUCCAGAGACCUGGCAGCCGUCUUGGAGCAUCAGAACUGCCCUAAUCGCUAUUAUCGGAUUCAUGCCAACAAAAGGAGAGGGAGCAAUAGGAUCUCUUGAUUAUACCCCAGAGGAGAGGAGGGCCCUUGCCAAAAAGUCCCAGGACUUCUGCUGUGAGACGUGUGGCUGCUCCAUGCGCUCUGCCCUCCUGGCUCUGACCCCCAACAGCCACCCCAGCGCAGAGGACCACAAGGCCAAAGAACUGGCUCAGCAAAUCAACUUCAAGGCAGAGUCAAGUUCAUCCAGACCAGCAAGUGAGAGUGGAGGUGCUGAGAGCGGAGGUGCUGAAAGCAAUCCGUCCCCACUCGGCGAGGGAGACACCUCCACUUCUGCUGCCCAGGAAGCUGCUGACUGUCCCCAGGCUGAACAGCCUGAGGCGUCUCCUGCCAUCGGCGUAGAGGGAUCGCAGCCCCAAACAGCCCCCAGCACUGGUCGCCCUCUCAGUCCCCGGCAGCGUCGCACCCAGCAGCACAGCCACCAGGGUCAGAGGGACAGCAGGCCGGCGUUCCCCGCGGCCCCUCGUCAGCCUCAGGAUGAGAGCCACGCGGGCUCAGUCGCCCUCAUCGUGGUGCUCACCCUGGCCCUGGCUGCACUCAUCUUCCGCAGGAUCUACCUGGCACAAGAGUACAAGUUUGACUACGAGCUGUGACCACACACAGACACACUAGGCGACCCCUCCACCACCUCUUCCCCCUCCUAACCCCCGGGUCAGCCCCCUCCUGCCACCACCUCGACUGAACUUCGACCAGCUGAAGUGGAAGCAAGACCGAGGACAGCGGCCGACACACUUAGUGGCAUCCGUGCCCGUCUGCCCGUCAGCGGAGGGUGCGGCCAGGAACUGCCAUUCCUGCAGGGGGAGCCACUCCACUUACUACAACAUCUCCAGGGUGUCUUUUAGGCAAUGUGAAUUUUACUCUCCAGAGUAUCAUGCAUUUUUAAAAAUGGGAAGUUUAGUUUUCUUGUGAUCGGCUCAGCAGCCACAUUCACCAAAUGUCUCCCUUUGUGUAUCUGUCUGUCCUUGGGCUGCCGCUAAUUCCCUUUUAUUUUAUUAAAAUUGUAAUAUGAUAUGCCAACAAUGUAGAAUUGUGGGGGAAUUUGUUCUCAGAGUAGUUAUUUGAUCGCGGAAGCAACUGCACAGAAAAUGUACUAUAAAGAGUUCUUCUUAAUGGGCUUUGACUUCCUCUUCGACACAGGGCUUUAUUUUAACAGUGCAAGUGCAACAUCCAGUUUAAUGUGAUGACUAUUUUAGCUCACGUGGGUGUAGCUGGUGUCUUUAAUCCCCCGCUCCAUGUCUCACAGUGUAAAUGGUCUCAUCAUUGUACAGUAGCUGAUGUGAUACAGCAAGAAUAAAGCAGGACAUGCAUCUGUAGUGUGUUGGAAAGGAGGCAGUCAUUGAUGAGCCCUCCGGAUCUGAUGUCCUGUAUAAAUGGACACAGUGCUGGGUUACUACGGACCAGUCUGAUGUGGGGGUCUGUGUGUGUGGCUGCACCGUUCACAUCAGAGGCUGCAGUUUCAUCAACACACAGUUUGUGUACUGCCGCGUUUAGACGCCGACAGGGAUUUAAUGAACUGAAAUAUUUUAUAUCCAACAUACUGCAGCUGUGAUAAGAGAUACUUUAAGAAUCAAAGAGUUGCUAAUGGCUCAGUGCAGACUGAUUUACUAACAUCCAUGAGAUACGUCAUAUUCGGUGACCUUGUGCAAUGUGGGACUGCAGGGCUGUUGUAUCAUACUGUCUGCUGGUGAGGUCACAUAGAAGGUCACACUUUCUGAUGCAGGCCAUGGGAAAACGUGACCCUGUUGUCCCUAGGAUUUAAAAAGUUCAACUAUUGUCUCCUGCUUGGACUGUGUCCUUUUCCCUGUUUUUCAAAUUUAAAAAAAAUCUCCAAUGUCAUCAGAGACAUUGACCAUGAGAAGACGUGACCCCCAUUAAACCGGCAUAUUAAAGAAAUAAAGAAUAUGUAGCGUCGAGAUAUUAUCCGGUUUCUCUAACAACGUUCGGAGAAAUAAUAUCGUGUACUGACAACAGACACUUGUAAAAAGGGUCAGUGCAUCCGUGCAACAACAUGUCCUGCGGUCUCACAUUAAAGGUCACACCGGCGGUUUCACACAUCAAAGUGUGUCUGCGGGUGGUGGGGUCGUAUGGAGCCGUGUGCGGCGCCAGAUGGAGCAGUGUGAAGUCUGAUAAAUGUCCUGGAGUGAUGUCACUUCAGUCAGUGUGGGAUGGGCCUGAAGACUACAAAUUAUUAUUCUUUUUCUUGGUGGUGGGUGAGAGUUACAGUAUAUUAGCCACUACGAGCAUAACACCUAAAUCUCCAACCGGACUGUUGGUGGCCAAGUUGCAUUGUAGGUAAUGUAGAUAUAUAUUCAAAUUUUUCUAGCCGCAGUUUCCUAAAGAACAAAAACAUUUUGACUCUUCUCAUAUUGACAUAAGAGAUCUGUAACUUGUGCAGUGCUCACACUAUGGUCCAUAAUGUUUUUACUGUCCACGCAGACAGCUAUACCUCCUAGUUUCAGCUGCAGUUGUGGCAUCAAUGCAGUUCUCUCUCUUAAGUCUGUACCUGUCUCUCAGAAUCAGUGUGAGAGUGACUGUUGUCUGCGAAACGCACAAAGUGUUCAAAUCUAACUCUCCCAUGAGCUGGACACGACAUUACCGAAAUCAAAGAGAAUUUCAAGGAAUUCCAGGGAAGGUAGUGAACCGUCUGCGCUCGUCUAAAUACAGCUCAUGGGGUUAUAAUUCCCAUCAGUCCUGUCAGGAUGAUGAGGUAACUGUUCCAGAAUUGGCUACUGAAAUAUAGCUAUUAUCACCAUGGCAACGUUUACCGAUGAGAUCAUUUGAGGGGAUUAUUCGCACCAUUAAACCGGCAGGUUCAGUUCAGGUUUGACUCAUUGGAUCUGCAGCCUGGCUCUGCCUUCACACCUACAUCAGUUUUUAUUUAUUUUCAUUUGAAUCUGGAAGUGUUUUUUUCUUUUUCUGCUGACACUGUAAAUCCAUUUGUUUAUCUCUCUCCUCCCUUGCUGCUUCUCUCCCCUGCUGCUUCGCAGUAUUCGCUUCGCGUCCCUGUGCAUUAAUCUCAUUUGACUGGCAUUCUCUGAAGCUGUAUGCAAACACUCAUUUCCCCCCUGCUUGUAUAAAUAGACUGGAACACUGUCUAACGUUUACCCUCUUUGAUAAACUUUGAGUAGGGCUUUUUUCAGUCUGAUGAGACUCACGGGAACUGGGAAGCAAUUCAUAAUUCAUUCCGAUAGAUUUUACAGCAUACAAAUAUCCAGAGGUGGUCGUAGAAGCCUACCUGUUGAGUGGAACAGCUUAUCUUGGUAGUCUUUCUCUUAGAUGAGCAACAUCUUAUCCCUGUAUACCCGUGCAGGGUUUACUUGAAGGCAGCAGAGUUUCUCACAAUCUCUCCAUUUCUGCCUCUUUAGUUAGGCUGGUGAACUGACAUGAACAGAAAAUAAAUGACUUGAAGGAUAACAUGUAUUUGCAAUGUGUGAAGUUUUAGCAUUUCUCAAUUAUACCUAUACAUCUUACAGGGAAUAUGUAGGAUACUGUUAAAUGAUCUUGAUGAUUGGUUUAUUUCCAGGUUCUAGUGUUAAAACACAAGUAAGAGUCUAACACCAUGUUAAUCAUUGCUGAUCUAAAAAAAUGUCUGCCUCAUGGUGAUGCUACAGGAAAUGUCUGUGGUCAUUGGAUUCAACCUAUGGUUAUAAUAACUGUCAGUUGUAAUAAAGUUUAAUGGCAAUCAUA